UUUUUUUUUUUUCUUUUCACUUCUUAUUCUUCCCCUCUCUCUUUCUCUUUUGUAAAAAAAAAAAACCCUUUCUUUUUAUUUACUAUUAAGAGAAUGUUGUCCACUGCUUCUCGCAUUGCCGUUCGUCCUGCUGUUGCUCGCAACGGUGUUCAAGCUCGUAACAUGGCCACUUUGAAAGAAGUGCAAUUACGUUUGAAGUCUGUUCAAAAUAUUGAAAAGAUUACCGGUUCCAUGAAGAUGAUUGCCUCCACCAAGGUCAACAAGGCUCAACGUGCUAUGGAAGGUGCUCGCGCCUUUGGUAACGCCUCUUCUUCUUUGUACACUAAUGCCGAAACCAAGCCUGUUGAAGAAGGAAAGACUUUGUUUGUUGCUACUUCUUCUGAUCGUGGUCUCUGUGGUGGUAUCCACAGCAGUGUUUCCAAGGCUACCCGUCGUGCUGUUGCUGAAAAGCCUGAAUCUCAAGUGGUUGUGUUGGGUGACAAACCUAAGGCUCAAUUGUCUCGUGCUAUGCGCAAGAACUUGGUCUUGAGUUUCAACCAAAUUGGUAAGGCUGUUCCUACCUUUGAUGAAGCUUGUUCCAUUGUGGAUACCAUUGAAGCCUCCGGUAUUGAAUACGACAAUGUUGACAUCAUUUACAACCGAUUCAUCUCUGCCAUCUCUUAUGAAGCCGAUAUCCUUCGCAACUUCUCUCAAGAAUCUUUCAAGGCUUCUCCCAACUUUGCUGUCUACGAAAUCGAAGAUGAUGUUCUCGCCAACUUGCAACAAUUCACUCUUGCCAACUCUAUUCAUCAUGCUCUUGUCGAAGGUCAUGCCGCUGAAAUGUGUGCCAAGCGUGCUGCUAUGGAAAAUGCUACCAAGAACGCUGGUGAAAUGAUUGGCAAGUUGACUAUGUUCUACAACCGUGGUCGUCAAGCUGUCAUUACCAACGAAUUGAUUGAUAUUAUUACCGGUGCCUCUGCUCUUUAAAUGGAUUGGGUUCCCUUUUUUAGGUCAUACAUCAUUUAUUUCUGCCUUUUACACCCUCUCACCAUACACACAUACACACACACACGCACACAUUAUUUAUAUUUCUCUUUUCUCCAACUUGAAAAUAUACUGAAAUAAACUGAUUUGGAUGUUUUGUUUUAUUAGAAAUAGUUUAUAUAUGAAUAAAGAUUUUAUCGAACUUUUUUGUUGUGAAAA